UAGCUUACCCACCACCACCACCACCACACCACCACUAUCACUGCCACCUCCACUUUCUCUCUGCUUCUCAUUCUCAAAAAAGUGCGAAAAUCCUAACAAAAACUCAUAGCAGUCCAUUGUUUGCAGCAUCAACCACUUGCACUUUUUUAUUUUUUAUUUUUUUAUUAUUACCGGGUAUCUGUAGUUUGCGAUGGACCGACGCUGGCCAUGGAAGAAAAAAUCAUCUGACAAAGCUGUGCUUGAGAGAGUAGCUGCUGAAUUGGACUCUGCUGCUGCUUCCACUCAGGGCAAUCAGGAUACUUACAAGAAGCCGAACUAUGUCCAAAUCUCUGUAGAGUCAUAUUCACAUCUGACUGGUUUGGAGGAUCAAGUGACGACAUAUGAAGAAAAAGUUCAGACACUAGAGGAUGAGAUCAAGGAAUUAAAUGAAAAACUGUCAGCAGCAAACUCAGAGAUAAAUACCAAGGAAAGCUUGGUAAAACAACAUGCUAAAGUAGCUGAAGAGGCUGUCUCAGGCUGGGAAAAGGCCGAAGCCGAAGCUUUGGCAUUGAAGAACCAUCUAGAGUCUGUCACUCUUUCAAAACUCACUGCUGAGGACCAUGCAUCACAGUUAGACGGUGCUCUUAAAGAGUGUAUGCGACAGAUAAGAAAUCUGAAGGAAGAACAUGAACAGAAAAUACAGGAAGUUGCUCUCACAAAAACCAAGCAAUUGGACAGGAUUAAGGGUGAGCUUGAGGAUAAGAUAUUUAACUUUGAACAGGAACUCCUCAGGUCCGCUGCUGAGAAUGCAGCUCUGUCAAGGACCUUGCAGGAGCGCUCUAACAUGCUAAUCAAACUAAGCGAAGAAAAAGCUCAAGCUGAGGGUGAAAUUGAGCUUCUUAAGAGCAACAUAGAAUCAUGUGAAAGAGAAAUCAAUUCACUUAAAUAUGAGCUUCAUGUUAUUUCCAAAGAGCUUGAGAUUCGCAAUGAAGAAAAGAACAUGAGUAUGAGGUCUGCAGAAGCUGCUAACAAGCAGCAUAUGGAGGGAGUUAAAAAAAUUGCUAAAUUAGAGGCAGAGUGCCAAAGAUUACGUGGUCUAGUACGGAAAAAGUUACCUGGUCCUGCUGCACUUGCUCAAAUGAAGCUAGAAGUUGAAAAUCUUGGCCGUGAUUACGGAGAAACUCGAUUAAGGAAGUCUCCUGUCAAACCUGCUAGCUCUCAUAUGUCCCCAUUGCCUGAGUUCUCCGUAGAAAAUGUGCAGAAAUUGCAGAAGGAUAAUGAAUUUCUUACAGAGCGUUUAUUGGCAAUGGAAGAAGAAACAAAGAUGCUGAAAGAAGGUUUGGCAAGACGUAACAGUGAAUUGCAGGCUUCAAGGAGUAUGUGUGCUAAAACACUGAGCAAACUUCAAAUUUUGGAAGCCCAAGUUCAGUCAAAUUAUCAGCAGAAGGGAUCUCCAAAAUCCAUCAUCCAUAUAAACCAUGAAAGCAUUUACAGUCGAAAUGCAAGCCAUGCACCAAGCUUGGUCUCCAUGUCUGAAGAUGGAAACGAUGAUGUGGGAAGCUGUGCUGAUUCUUGGUCUACAGUAAUAAUCUCUGACCUAUCCCAACUCCCAAAAGAAAAAAAUACUGAGGAAAUGAGCAAAUCUGAAGCCACUAAGAAGUUGGAACUAAUGGAUGACUUUCUGGAGGUGGAGAAGUUGGCUCGAUUAUCGAAUGAUUCCAAUGGAGAUGCCUCUGUUUCAGUUGCUCCAAACCAUGAGACGACCGAAAUUGUGACCAAUGAUGUAUCAGAAGUCAGCACUGGCAAAGAUGAUCCCUCCGAGUCCGAAAAGAAGAUUGAUUCAAAUCCAUUGCCAAGUCAAGGGUCUUCUGCUGCGGUAUUGUCACCACCUGAUCCCGAGUCUGAUGGUGAUGGCUUGUCAUUAGAAGAGCUUCGAUCGAGAAUAUUAUCAGUUUUUGAGUCCACGGCCAAGGAUGCUGAUAUAGGGAAGAUCGUGAAGGAUAUUAAACAUGUUCUUGAAGAUGCACAUGACCCUUCCAUCCAGGACUCUAUAGCGGUCAUUCCUCACAGUGUGGAGCUUUCUGACACUACAUUUGAUAAGCAGAGUGAUCCUAAUGUUGCUGACUUAAAUGCUAAAAAAGAACUCAUUUCAUCUCAGCAACCUACGGAAUAUGUGCAGAUAACUUCAGAUUUAGAAGCUGCAAUUUCUCAAAUUCAUGACUUUGUUUUGUUCCUAGGCAGAGAAGCAAUGUCAGUUCAUGAUAUAUCUUCUGAUGGAGAUGGAAUAAGCCAAAAGAUGGAGGAGUUCUCUGUCACCUUUAAUGAAGUCAUACGCAAUAAAGCAAGUUUGCUACAGUUUGUUCUUAACCUGUCUUAUGUUUUAGCUAAAGUACGUGAAUUCAGAUUUAAUAUCCUUGGUUACAAGGGUACCGAAGCUGAAACUAACAGUCCUGAUUGCAUAGAUAAGAUUGCUUUGCCUGAAAAUAAGUUAAUUCAAGACAAUUUGUCUGGGGAGAGAUAUCAAAAUGGUCGUGCCCAUAUUCUUAAUCCCUGUUCCGAUCCAGAGGUUCCUGAUGAUGGGAAUUUGACCUCAGGCUUUGAAUCGAAUUCCACAUCACAAAAGUUCUCAAUGGAGGACUUUGAAGAAUUGAAAUUAGAGAAAGAGAAGGCCGUAGUGGAUCUGUCAAAAUGUUCUGAAAAUCUUGAAAUGACAAAGUCUCAAUUACUAGAGACUGAGCAACUUCUAGCUGAAGUUAAAUCACAAUUGGCUUCUGCUCAAAGAUCAAACAGCUUGGCUGAGACGCAACUAAAAUGCAUGGCAGAGUCAUACAGGUCACUUGAAACACGUGCACAGGAGUUUGAAACUGAGCUUAAUCAUCUGCUAAUGAAGACAGAAACUCUGGAAAUUGAACUGAAAGAUGAAAAGAGGGGUCAUGAAGCAGCUUUGGCCAAGUUCAAGGAGCUAGAAGAACAAUUACAAAGAUAUGAGAGCUCAGCUGCUGAUAAUGACCGUAAGACUAAGCAGGAGAGAGACUUGGCAGCUACUGCUGAAAAGCUAGCUGAGUGUCAGGAAACUAUAUUUCUUCUUGGCAAGCAGUUAAAAGCCCUGCAUCCUCAAACAGAGCCAAUGGGAUCUCCAAACACCGAGAGGGUUUCAAAGGUUGAAGAAGAGUUGGAUCAGGCGGAGAUGGACAGUGCUACUUCUGCUUUUGUGCAAAGAUUGGGUGCAGAGUCCCCCUUGCAUUUUUCUAACACUUUAUUUAUUCCAUCAGAUAAUGAGUCAAACUUUCCAGCCAUAUCUCCUGUACAGCAUCCAAACCACAGGCCUACGAAGUCAACCUCUUCAUCAGCCUCUUCCACUCCUACACCAGAGAAACAUGCCCGAGGUUUCAGUAGAUUCUUUUCAUCAAAAGGAAAAACGGGUCAUUGAGCUUGCAUCGUUCAGGAACCAUUGGAGACUUCAUGAUUUAUGAGGCCACAUGGUAAUCACAUUUGGAAAGCACCAAUAUGCAGACCCCUUCAUGGUUUCACAGAAUUGAGUUUUUGGGAGGUCUGUGUAGUUAAGGAGAGGAUGCCAUGAAUGUCGGGUGAUUCUUGUAUCUAAUGGUUGUACAUGGUAACCAUAUGUUUUCUUCUUUUCCUUGUCAUUGUUUGUUUUCACCCUCUGUUCUGUAA